AUGAAAAUUUGGUUUAUCCAACAAACCAUAUUCUAUAUUGUCAUCACCCUCGUGAGAAAGAUAGCUUGCUCCUACAAAAAUGAAAACAUAGAAGAGUUGAAAAAAAUCAUAGACAAUGCGGAACUAUAUAAUAACCUGGACAAGCUGGAGAAUAUUAUUCUGCAGACACUGGAACAAGAUCAGUUGAUGUUACCCAUCGUAACACGUGAUGUUAGGAAGUAUUUAGAUUUUUCAAAAUUUAAAUUGAUCUCAUUUCAGGUGUUAAAUCAACAUGAUCGUGAAUAUAUUGUCCCGACGCUCGACGCGGCUGCGGAAGACAUCAUCAAAUAUGAGCAUGCGCUACAAACACAAAUUGCCGUCGACUACAAACACGAACAGUCAGACCUCAUUAAGAAGAAAAUCCUAGUCGUACGGACGCUAAAAGUUAUUAAAAUUAUGCAAAUUCCUAUGAAGCAAUAUAAAAACACCUCUAAACUACACGAUGCUUUGUCCCAGUUGAAUGAUUUAUUCACCUACGUCAGUGACCCAAAUCAUGACGAAGAAACUGGCACCCGUGUGCUCAAGGAACAAAUUUUUGGAAAAAGACCCUUAUCAAGAAAAAACAUUCGAAAAAAAAUCGCUCUCUAUAUGCCCAUAGACUUCCACAUGAAUACUAUCAACUACAACGAUUUGCUCUUCACUUACCAACCAAAUAUUGAAUUGAUGACUAAGCUGGAUCACAGGGCCAACUACUUCGACAUUGGAAUAUUCAAUUACAUAGGAUCGCAUUUCAUAGCGCUUGGCCACUUCAUCCUUCUCAAACUGGCCUACAAGAACUACAACAAAUACUUCGAAAUUGGUAACCUCAAGUUCCACAACUGGCACAGCAUCCUACAGUUCAACCACUCGGACAGAUACAAAGUGUUGGAUCUGCUCUGUGACGAAAGUAACGUUUACGAAGGAGAUAAAAAGAGAAGAGAACAUUAUUUAAAAAAUAAAAUAUCCUCGAGUUCAGCAGAAUGCACCGUCUUAGAGUUCCUUAUACAUCACAUCAAUAAAUAUCAAAUGGAACUAUUCACAAAUGCUUCCAAAUUAAACUUAAAUCUACAAAUGUUAAUGGAAAAUUCUCACCUUCAAGAAAAAUAUUUUAACUUUAUGUGCAAAGAAAGUAAUGGAAAGCCCUGUUCCAUUUAUGAUGGUCCUAAAUUUAAAGAAGAAAAUCAGCAGAAUAUGCCAUUCGUGGACAACCAGAACUAUACCUUCCAACAAAACACAGUAAUUUUCCCCAUAAAAAAUUAUCCACAUGACAUUUAUACAAACUACGUCAACUUUAUAAAGUACUAUAACGAAUUUAAUAGGGAUCAAAUUCUGUACAUCCAUCUCCUCAACCUUGUCGGCCUUUUCAAUGGAGACAUGGGUGCCUAUGCCGGGUCCCUCUACCUCCCAGGCUACUACAACGCGAUACAAUUGGCCUACGAAGAUAACCUGUCGAUGAAGGAACUCUCUGAUAACCUCGUGAAAUGUGUCGACAUGUGCUACAGUUGGUCUAUGCAGAACAAAUCCAUAACCUUUAGACUCGGUUCCAUGUUUAGAAACAAAAAGUUCGACUCUUCCAAGUGUGUCAUAUGUGAAGGAACCCUCUUCUACAUUAACAACCAAGUACAGGACAGUAUGUCAAUGUUACAAAAGUACAAUGGAUAUAUGACAAAGUUGCUCAAGGUGAACAUCGUAAGCCAUCUGAUCAGAUUUAUGAAUAUAUAUGAAGAGUACAACAAUUUCCUAAUGCACGAUCUCAACUGGUUUACGUUCCUCUUGCUGUUUAGGAUGACUACUUAUAAAGAUAUUGGGCAGUACAGUAUAUCCAACGCCAUGUACCUGGACAUAAAAGAUGAGGACGAGCGGAAUAAAAGUAUCGUGACGUACCACUGGUAUCCGUCCUACUUGAAGAAGUACAUCACCAACCGCACGAGGAAAUACGAGGCAGUUAACCUGCUCAAAGAGCUCGAAAAGAUGAUUGACGAAGAAACGAUAGAGAAGAUGAAGAAGUGUAUCAAAUUCAUAAUCCAUGUGAACUCCGUGCUACAGAUGGACUUCUUUUAUUACCUAAACGAAACGCCUGUAGGCCAGCAACAUCCAUUUGCCUUGACCAUGAAUAUCGAAGGCAAGUUCACCGAAUGGUUCUCCAAUUACAUGUACAGCUUUCCCUUAAUAAACUACGAACACCCAAAAGGAAGGUAUAACAUGCCAGAGCAACAAAAGAAGGGACAAUUCAUAGCUCCCAAGUAUAGUAAGUGGACCUUGCACUUGAAGAAAAUCAUCGAGCAAUCCUUUAUCAAUCAUUUUAACCAAAAACACGUCAAGACAUUGUUCAAACAUUUUGGAACAUACAACAUAAGUAACAAAAUCAUGCUACUCAGAGAUUCAUAUGAACUCUAUCUAAAGAAUUUUGAACAAAUUUACUUCAUUGGAGAUAUUAUGCUGUUGAGAAAAUUUUUCGGUGCUACCCCUAAAUCCAUUAUCAUAAGGCAAAAGGUGCACUACUUCCUUCAUAACAUCUUUGGAAACCCACUGAACUUCUACAAGUUCGGUUUGAUCUAUGGGUACACAUUCAACAAGGUCUACCUCAAGGAAAUUGUGGAAUCCUUGUACGUGAUCUAUCAGAUGAACCAAGCCAUUUUCACCGAGAUGUCCUUCUUGCAGACUGUUCGCUUGCUCUUCAGGAAAAUCCAAUACAGCUUCUUCUCGCACAGAAGGAACGACGACAUAAGUAUGAACAAUAUCUUCUUCUUCAACGUGCGCCAGGACUACUCCAAGCUGAGAAAGGAUGUAAGGGAGGAAGAAAUACACUUGUCCAUGGCAUCCCGAUUUUACGAAAAAACCAUGUACUCCCUAUUUCAAAUGAUGUUCAUUACACGCAUAAGCAAACACAUAAACAAGCUAGACAGAAAAUUUGGAAAUGCAAGCAUGCUCGGUCUAGCAGUGGAUGAAGAACCAGCACUCAAGUUUAGGUAUGUGUACUAUGGAAGUAUGUUUGAUAGUAUUUUAAAUGUCUUCUUCCCCAUGUUUAUAAAAAAGCCUGUUGUUCAGCUCAAGUACGGAAAGACCUUUGUGCUCGCCAACAUGUAUAAACUGGCAUCCGAGCUGUUUGCUCUAUACAAUUUGAAUAAUUUGAGUAUACUCUGCGAUUAUCAAUCUAUGACCAGUGCGAAUUCUUACGUCUUCCACAAGGCGAUGAAGUUUCUUGACAAAAAGUAUAUACCCCUCGUCGUGGCGGCCUUCUUCAUGAAGAUCCAAAUAGAGAUGAAGGAAGCGGCAGCGGGAAAAUCCUUCUGGGAGACAUACUACGGAUCCCGAUUAGAGGGAGCACAGAUCUUGCAAUAUAUUCCUUACCUGUCCAUAUAUACCGGUGGAAACAUAUUCAUGCGUAACCAUUUGUUCUUCCCGAACCCACUGGGUGAAGAACUGUCCAAGCAAACGGAAGGCCUCACAACUGUUGCUCCACAAGAAAAGCCAGAGACGCAUAGAAUCAGUGGAAUUAUUUUAGUGGGAAUGGUCCACUCCCUGUCAAUUACAUUCUUCAUUUUUACACUUCUAAGGUGGUAUGCCUUUUACGACAACGUUGUUUUCCUCCUGAGAAACACUUUCCGUAUCUUUGACAGAUUCUACAGCAUCCUCGAAAAUUAUGUGAACACAUUCAUAAAAAGAAUGUACAACAAAGUUACCGCAGAUGUUCUCCUCAAAUCGCUUAGAAGGGCCUACGACAGAGCCAAGGAUGAAGGUUAUUAUGAGGAGGGACUUAUGGCCAGAAUUAACAACAAACAAUUUGCACAAAAGGGAGAAACUGAGGAAUCUGUGGAACCACCCCCCGUCUUGACAGAAGUGGAAAUUGAGGCUGUUCAGGACAAUAGCAGUCUAUUCUACGUUGACAACGAAUCCAUGUUCGAAGACCUCGAUGAUGACGAACAAUUCUUAAACCAGAGAGAUAUCAUUUUUUAUGAGGAUAACGUGGACAAGAGAGGUGUUUACAAUUAUGUUCCAAUAACGAAUACGUAUUAG